CGCGCAGCUUAUAUGAAAGUUGAUACAAGAAACUAAGUUGCUGACUGCUCUCAACCAUAUAUGGACAGUUUCGGGCAUCGUUAACCAUACGGCACAUCAUAUUUUGGUCAAAUUUGGAAAAGGCGGAACACAAAUGCGAAAACAGCGCGUUAAGUAGGUGAUGCAAGGAACGUAGGGCAUGGCAAUGUAAUAAAGCGAGCGGUAAGCUUUUAUAAUGGCUUGGAGGUCAACCGGUUUUAACAAGCGGCCUGUAGUUAUUUGUUAGGGGGUCUUUACAGGAGAUAAGCAUGAAAUACGCCCCACUCAGUUUCAUUUGAAAUUAUCUUAAGUUACUUAAGAGCAACAACAUCCACCUACCAGCAUAUCACUACCUCUCAGCUUACCUUCCCCUAUCCUAAAUGUAGCACAGGUUAAUGUUCUGUUGUUUUGGAAUGAGCUUCAUUUGAUGUUGAGGGCUUCUAUACCAUAUAACUAUUCUUACCGAAGCUGGGAAUCUCUACCUAUUUAUUUAAAUUAUUUAUGUUUUCCUCUCUCUCUCUUCUCUUUGUUCUUUCAAAUCUCACAUACAACUUUUUAUCUCUCUGUAUCCGGUUAUUCAGUUGAGUUUGAAUACAUCUGAUUGUUGUUGUUAGUCCUAUUUAAAAAAAAAAAGACAAACAAAACCCAACUUUUUCUCUACGUAGAGUUUGUUCUGUAAAUUAAGCAAUCGUUAAAUUAAUGGAUUAACUGUGAUUUUUAUCUCGAGGAAUUUAACAUAAAGGAACAAAAAGAAUCGAAUCGGUUCGCUACACAAAUACCAAACUUUAUAUUCUGUGAUAUGAAACAUUUUCCUUUCGUUUUUAUUUAAUUUUUAAUUUUUUGCCCUGUAACCAUUCUUUUUAUUUUAGUGCUGUGGGUUUCAUUACAAAUGAAACAUCUAUCCCUUACCAAAUGUUUUUGUUAUCAAUAUCUUUAUUUGAUAUUGCAACCGAAUAUCUGAUUCACAAUAACUUCGAUCACAAGGCGUCAUCUGUUCCUACCCUGGCAUCUUUUAUCACAUAUAUUUACAUUGGGUAUUUUACCUUAUGACCAUGAUUACUCGGAGACGGAGUCGGCUGCUAUCUGCCUCUGCCUGUCCUAGUCCGUCAGUCACAGACAAAACCAAUCCCUCAAUUAAAACCAAAGAAAUUAAGUUAAUUCCAGAAACUUUAAUGAAAUCUCCAACAGAAAUGGUUUCAAAUAUUGCUGGACAAAAUAUAACAAUACCUAUUGAUCUUUUUAAAGAUUUCGAAAACUUGAAGAAUGCAACUAAAUUAGACUCAGCCACUUUGAUGAGGAAGUUGCUCACUGACUUUCAUAAACUGAAAGAACCAGACAGUUCCAACUUCGUUUUGCCAGAAGAAAAUAUAGCACAAAUAUCUACAAGUGACUAUUCUGAGAAGGCAAUAAAGGCAGCAAUCGAUGCUAACCGCAAACGCAUUAAGAAAGAAGACGUGUCUUCUUGCUAUGAGUGUUCCCCAAGUACUACCAUAGCAGACUUAAAUACCAGUUUAAGUACCGAAUCAGAUAUCCCGAUGGUCAAUGGUAACAAUAGUCCUGAAUUGUGUGCCAGAAACAAAGAUCUCCCACUAAAUCAAUUUAAUAUCAAAAGGAAACCUGUAACAGCGAGAUUUAAGGUCGCUAAAGUCGUCUGCAAAGAGGAAGAAAAUUCGUCCCUCAAUGACAGCUACGGAGUAGAUGUGGUACAUGGAUCGAAAUUAUUUCAGUCUAAAUUAGAACAUGAAAAUGAUAAUUCAGUUUGUGAAGACAAUGUCUUCUACAAUAAUACUAUAAACACGACAGAUACAAGAAUCUGCCAACCAUCCAAUGUAGCAAAUCCAUAUUACUAUUCUAGUUGUCAGCCUGUUUCACUGAAAGCAAACCAUUUAAGAAAUGUUCAUACAGUAACAAAGUCAGUCGAUCAUUCGAAGAAUAUUUAUACACCAAACAAUAAAGUAAAUUGCCAAGAUGACGGAAGCUACCGAGAAUCAGACAGUGAAACGCCAUUAGACUUAAGUAUUGUAAAAUUAGAACCACAUUCUUCACAUACAUCUCUAACUUCAUCACCUGUACCAUCACCAGAAAAUGAGCAUUUGCACUAUCAAAGUAGCAGUAAUUGUAGGGACGAUAUUCAUACUGUCAACGUUGAAAAUGAGAAAAGUAACCGUACAGAAUAUUUUGGAAUGCAAGCACAUAGAGAUAAUUCUCCAUCUCCAGAGCUAGCACCCACUCAACUUGAUGUUAACCAAACUGUUAUUAAAAGUAAUAGUUCAUCACCUGAGAUAAUGAAUGUCACACCUGAUAAACAGAUACGUCCAGAUGUAGCGUCUCAGGUAUUUAAUGUGAAGCAACUGCCAACACAAGUUCCAAAUUGUAAUGAAACUCAAUUAAUUUUGCCAUCACAGUUGAAUUCGCCUUGCCUCAAUGAGGCAUCGCCACAAAUCGCUAGCAACUAUUUUUCAAUCCCAACGCAAGGACCUAGACCAGUUCCAGUUCCAACAAAUGUGGUAACAUUACAGAAAAAUGAUAACUGUAUGUAUGUUUAUCCAAUGGGUUUUCCAACUUUGACAACUAUUCCGCAAGGGAGUCAUCCAAUAGGAUUACCUAUAAUGUCUCAAGCCAUGUUGCCUGUACCCAAAAUCGAUCCAUCUCAACAAAUAGGACCGAACAAACCCUUGGAACAAGACCAAUUGAAACUAGUUGCUGAAAGUAAUAUCUUUCCUGGUGUUUACACUAGCAUUUUGAAACUUUCUUCUCACAAAAGAUCUCGUUCAAAGCCUGAAAAGUUGAUCUCAGCCCCUGUGUCACAAGUAAUCCCUACCACUUCGAGUGUACCAAUUCAGCCUAUAAAUACGCAGACUGUUAUGUUCUUUCCUACCAUGCAGCAAAUGCAAACAUCAUGCUUACCAACAAAUUCUGUAAAUAAUGUUCAAUCCACUCCAUCUUCAACUGUAACAGUUACUACAAUUGCUCAGGGUAAUAUCUCAUCGCCGAGAGAGUGUGUAACAAUGACGUCAGCAGGACAGACUAGUACCCAAACAACAGGUUCGAACCAGCAGUCGAUUAUUAUGGUCUAUCCUCAUACUGGAAUUUCAGCAUUAGGAAAACCAGUUCGUCGAAGAGGAAGGCCACCGAAACUGCCAAUGCUCACACAAUUACUGAUAGAUAAAAAACCGAAAUUAAACGUAAACCAAAUUAACGAAGAAAAAAAACUUAAGGUUGAAAAUCAGAGUGAGUGUUCAAUAGUGCCGACACCUUUUCCAGCGAUGAGCAGCAAUAUCAAACCAGAAAUAAAAAGAUCUCACGAGAAGGAUUGCGUUGAAAUCAUACCUGAUUCUCCGGCAAACGUUAUUGGAGACAAAGAUAACGAUAAAUUAAAACAUUUUGAAACACCUUUGGAACCUAAAAAAUCAGAAUCAUUAUAUCAAGAAAUGAUUUUAUCUCCUAAGUCUUUAAAAAACAUAAAGCCUCGCAAGUCGCAUUCUGCCAAUGAUUUCAUGAAGCCGAAUGCUAAUUUUAUAUGUACAUCAUUCAGAAUUCGGCCGAGAGCGUUCAGAACACGGCGAAAUGGUGGCACUCGAGGCCGGAAGAGCUCGAGAUUGUCCCAGCCAGUGCAGUCGGAAUCUAUCACGUCUCCAUUACAACAGCAGAUAAACCAGCAGCAGCUGGAGUUUCAGCAACAGCAGUUGCAACAACAGCUACAACAACAAUUACAACAACAGCAGCAGCAACAGUUGCAACAGCAACAACAAAAGAAGAUGCAAGAACAACAGCAGCAACUUCAACAGCAACUUCAACAACAGCUGCAACAACAGCUACAACAGCAACAACUGCAACAGCAGCAGCAGCAGCAGCAACAGCAGCAACAACAGCAGCAGCAACAGCAGCAGUUACAAAAUGUGCAACAGCUGCAGACACUGAAACAACACCAACCACUGCUGAAGCUUUCUCCAACUCAGAUGCAUGAACAUGAUGAUGAAGACGAUGAAGAACAAGAUGCAGAAGAGGAAGAAGACGGAAACGAAGUAUUAAAAGAGAGGGAAGGAAAGAUUCUUGACAGUCCCUCAAAGUCCUUGCACUGUAACGAUGUCAACUCAAAUUCGUCUGAUGACCGACAGACUGAAGAUGAUUUCUUGGAGUUUUCAUCAGGUAAAAAUCUUUUCCAAGAGCUUUAUCACUGUAAAAUAUGCAACGACAUUGUCUCUUCAGACGAAAAAGUCUCGCAUCAAAGGCAACACGUUCCCGUGCGAUUCUUCUGUCAGUCAUGUGGGAUGGAGUACCAAUGCUUCUGGGUAAAGAGCCCAGUUACUGAAGACGAUAACCCACCGGAACCGAUGGAAUGUGACCGAUGUAAUACCCAUUUCUCCAGUCAAAAAUACGAUUUCAGUUGCUGCCUGCAAAUACAAAAUGGUAAUAUUCUGUGUGAUCUAUGUGUCGAACAGUUUCGGACUUUCACACAAUUUUAUGACCAUCGAAAUAAAUUUCACCCUAACAGUCCCACAACUCCUGCUAACCAUUAUGUGUGUGAUAGUUGCGACAAAGUUCUUUACUCUGCGAAAGCACUCCGUUAUCAUCGGAAGUUACAUUUAGACCGUACAGUACAGUGCACUAUUGGUGAUUGCCCAAGGUUCUUUCAGAAUAACAUGGAGUUGUCACGUCAUAUACGCGAACAGCACGACAAAAUGAAAGAGUUCUUUUGCAUAUAUGACGGCUGCAACAAGAAAUUUAUGAAAAAUUUUCAUCUACAAGAACAUGUACGCGUAAAGCACUUCAACAUCCGGGCAUUUCGUUGCUCGUGGCCCGGAUGUACGAAAGAGUUUGCAGCAGAGCGACAUCUCAAAGUGCAUCUCUUAAUCCACAAGGACGAAAAACCUCUAAAGUGUGACUUUUGUGAGUAUAGAUGUCGUCAGCGAAAUGCCUUAAAUUGGCACAUGCGCAAACACCCUGAAGCACCUUAUAAAUAUAGAAAAUUUUCAAUUAAUUCAUCGGACUGUUGAAAUUGAUAAAAAGAAAUUAUUUAUUUAUACAUUUA